AUGGCGACCACACAGCGGCCGACAACCCCUCAAAUCGAACCUUUUCCGCCGCUCGAAAGUGCACCGCGUACACCUUCAUCUCUACCGAGCGGCGCAAACAUUCCCACAACGAAUGGUGGGGCAGAGAAUCCCGAUCUGCUGCGACCGCAUUCACGAAACACUCCGGCGGAUAUCUCGCCGAAGUCUGGCAAGCUAGGCUACUCGCCUGGCACCUCGCCAUUGCCAUUAACCGGCCAGGCUGCCAUGGCAGAGUUGAAACGGCAACGGCAACGACAACAAAAAGACACAUUAGAAUCACGACAGACGAGCCCCAACCCAGUGGUGGGCGCGAUGCACGCGCUGAUGGGAGGGGGCGGCAUGAGCAAGCCUUCUGACGCGCCAGCGCCGGAGAAGCUUAGCGAGCCGUUGCGAAAAGCAGCAGAGAAGAUCAAUAUACCGGAAACCACGCAAGGCGACUCCUUGCAAGCCAGCCCGGUUAGUCUCGGAAGCUUCAGUAGUGUGAUGGGGAGCACAGGUGCUCCGUCUGCCAUGACUGCAACCACAACGGAUGCUACCUCCGGGCCCCAGUAUGUGGCUGAGCCUGCGCACAUGACCGAGAGUGAACCCUACGGGAACGAUAGUCAUCUGACAGUAGCUAGCGAUCAGGCUAACAAGGCAUUCUCGUACCCUGGCCCACCGCCGCAGCAGUCCGUGCAAACUCCGGAAGGUGGACCUUCUCGAGGUAUGAGCUACCCUGGUAUUCAAGGGAGCCCAAAAUCACCUGCAUCGAAUAAACGGCACAAAUGCCCUUACUGCUCCACCGACUUCACGCGACAUCAUAACCUCAAGAGUCACUUACUAACGCACAGCCAAGAGAAGCCGUAUGUUUGCCAGACAUGCCAAGCACGUUUUCGCCGACUCCACGACCUGAAGCGGCAUACGAAACUGCAUACAGGUGAGCGACCGCACACCUGCGACAAGUGCGGCAGGCGCUUUGCGCGUGGGGACGCUUUAGCGCGGCAUAACAAAGGUCCAGGUGGCUGCGCAGGACGAAGGUCUAGCUUGGGUGGCGACGACGAGUUUGGUGAUGGAGAAGGCAUGGAUGGGGUUGAGUACACGGGUGAAGAGGAAGAGGAAGGCGCGGAUCCGCAAGCGCGACGCGUGAGCGAGCCCAGCCGCAAGCGGACCCACCUCGAAGCGCCUCAGGACGCAAACCGAGAAGUCUACAGACAGCACUCGAGCACGUAUCCGCCGAUUGGGGUGCAGCGACCGCACGUGAUGAUGACCGAGUCGCCUAAGCCGCUCUCGCCAGGCCAGCCACCAGAGCAACAUCGGCUCAGCGUCGAUGCAGCAGCAAGCAUUCAACAUCGCAACAGAUCUCCAAGCUUAACCACACAGUUCCAGCAGCAACACUUCGGUCGUGGCGGUGGAGGUAGAACCCCGCCUCAGCCUCUCGCGUCGUUCACCUCAGCGGCACCUGGCCCAGUCAUCUUACCGCCACCAUCAGGGCAACCUCAACCCCGGUCAGGCCUGCCAAGUGCGUUACAAGGCGGAGGGCCGGGCCCCAGCGCGCUUUCUCAUGGACAGGUACCGCCAGCUACGGCCGGAUCCAAUCCAGGUAGCUUGUCAAGUCACGGUCGUUCUUCGGGCAGUAGCAUGCGCGACAUUCUAGCUACGGGUGGAGGCCUGGAACAGAACGAUCUCUGGGGCUACGUUCGAAGCCUGGAACAGCGCUUUACCCGCAUGCAGGACGAGUAUGAACUGCGGAUUAGUCGCUUGCAGGAGGAUGUCAUCUCGCUUAGGGGGCAGUUGUCUGCAUCGCAAGCGGCGAGCUAUAGCAGCGAGAUGCAAGGUCGAUAUUGA